UUUCUUCUAUUCACUCCUCUCAUCAAUCCUUAUUUUCCUCUUCCUCCAAUCUCCCCAAAAUUCUCUACCUUUUUAAGAUUUUUUUUUUUUUUGUUGCUUUUUCAAUCAGGGUUCCAAGCAUUUAUAUGAUUUGUGGGAUUUGGGGGCCUUGUUUGAAACCCUAGGAGGUGAGAAAAAGCAAAUUAGGGUUUAUAGGAAAAUGUUUGGGGAGAGGAAGAGCUACAGUGGAUUGAAUCCGAAGGAUUCGGGGGAGGAGCUGUGGAUCACUUACAAGAGGAAGAAAUGCGCAAAUCCGAGCUCCGAUUCCCGCGGUGUAAGUAAAAUUUCCGGUGGUGUGAGAAAUGCGCAGGAGCAUUUGAUCACUUACAAGAGGAGGAGAUGCGCAAAUCCGGGCUCCGAUUUCGGCGGUGUUGCUGUUUACAGUAAGAGAUGCAGAGAUAUUGGGUGGGAUCAUGGAACAAUGAUUGAUGGAAACAAAAAUCAUUGGAAGUGCAACUGGUGCGGUUUGGUUAGAUAUGGAGGAGGCUCGUGCAGGCUUAAGCAACAUCUAGUUAAGUGUGUAAAUGCUCCAAAUGAUGUUUCUAAGGCAAUAGAGAAUUAUAUGAUGAUGAAGCGAGAAAGAAAAUCGAGAAGAUCAUGUGCUUCUGAUGGUGCAAAUAUUGCAAAGUCGAGGUGCUCUGAUUACAUGUUAGUUGAUAAGGAUGGACCACUUGUCGACUCAAUGAAGGAGGUGGGAAGUCACAGUCAACUUUUCAAGAAAGCAUCUAAACAAUCGAGGAUCUAUCCUUAUCAAUCAAAGAGUUCUACGCAACGACUGCAGGCAACCACCCAUCUAUAUGAAAAUUCCGUGGCUAAGGUUGCUGUUUACGGUUUAAACAAAAGAAGAUGCAGAGAUAUUGGGUGGCAGCAUGGAACGAUGAUUGAUGGAAACAGUAAUCAUUGGAAGUGCAACUGGUGUGGUUUGGUUAGAUAUGGAGGAGGUUUGUCUAGACUUAAGCGACAUCUCGUUGAGUGUCCAAGUGUUCCAAAUGAGGUUUAUAAAGCAGUAAAGAAUUAUAUGAGAAUGAAGCGAGAAAGAAAAUUGAGAUUAGCAGCUGCUUCUGAUGGUACAGAUAAUGCAAAGUCGAGGUGCUCUGAUUACAUGGUGGUUGAUAAGGAUGGGCCACUUGUCAACUCAAAGGAGGAGGCGGGAAGGCGCAGUCAACUCUUUGAGAAAACAUCUAAACAAUUGAGGAUUCAUCCCUAUCAAUCAAAGAGUUCUACGCAGAGACCGCAGGCAACCACCCAUCUAUCUGACAAUUCCGUCGCUGUGGGCAAUAUGGAGGAACAUCAUGGCGCAGUAUUACAAAAGAACACUUCUGAGCAAGAUGGUUGUGCUAGUACAGAUAGUCACUGGACUCGCUGGAAAUAUGUUUUGGAAAACAUGUUGCAGUUGCCGGAUGUUUGUGAAAGUGGUGGCGUUCGAAGCUGCAUUUGUGAUGCGCUCACAAUGGGUCAUUCUGGUCUCACCAAAAGGUUGGAGGUGUCUGACAUCAGCAGGAACACUGAACAACCACAGGACAGGUUUGAGGGGUAUGAAAUGCACACAACCGCAGCCUCAGGCAUAUCAAAACCUACCAGUGAGGCAGAUACACUUGUCAACAGUACCAAGUGCCAGAGUUACUUGGUUGAUAUUUUAUGUUCAGAGAAUUUUGCUCUCUUAUGUGAUUUACUUUGGAGAACUUUUGAAGACAACAAGACAAAAGGCUUCUUCGAUUUCAGCAUUAUCAAUGCAAAGAUGAAAAAUGGAGAUUAUGGGCGUGCGCCUGGAUUGAUUGAUCAAGAUAUCCAACAGGCGUGGGAAAAAGUUAAAGAAGUUGGUCGGAAAAUGAUUCAUCUAGCAGAAUGUCUUUCAAACAUGUCAAGUGCUUCCUCACAGAAGCAGGCUGGAGAAGUUUCGAAGCUUGGUGUGAAUGAACACAAGACUCAGAAGAACUGUGCAAUUGUUGUUGAACAGAAGAAUUCCGUGAAAUCAAAUACAUGCAAUUUAGAUCAUUCAGCCAAAGUGAAUCAAACCAAGCCCUCUAGCCUUCACAAAACUUCAGCUUCCCAACAGUGUAGCGCCAAAGCAAACGGCAAGGAAAGCCACUUCUCGUGUCCAAAUUCCGCUACCAAAUUGAAACCGAUUCGAAGCUCUCAUUUUACUCCUUACUGCACUAAUAAAAGAGAACCGCCCAAGCCUAUCUCAAUGACCUAUGUUCGAAAAGAUAGCUUAAACCAGAGUUGUGCAGCAUAUGAUAAGCUUGAAGAUGACUCCCAAGCUAAUGAUUCCCGAGUGAGUUCUGUUUCAAAUAUUGAGCUGGAUGAGGCGAGAACUUCUAUUUCUCGCUUGUGCAAGCUAUGUGGAACAUGCGAAGAGGAAAACAAGAGGUUUUUAGUUUGCAGACAUAUUGACUGUCCUUACAAGUUCUACCACAUAAGAUGCUUGAAUAGCCGACAAAUAGCAAGCACGGUACCGUGGAACAUACGUUGUUGGUUAUGUCCUUCAUGCCUUUGUAGAGCUUGUCUCUCAGAUAAAGACGACGACAAGAUCUUGUUGUGUGAUGGUUGUGAGGAGGCUUAUCAUAUUUACUGUGUGGACCUGCCUCGUGAUUUAGUACCAACAGGCGAGUGGUACUGUGUACGGUGCAAUGCGCAGAGAGAGAGGGAAGUUUUGAGAAGCAAGCAAGGGAUUUUCAAACGACAUAGGAUUAGUAAUGAUGUUGAAGGAGGUAAUGAGAGUACUUGUGGGGUGGAUUUGCUUCUGAGCGCUGCUGAAAAGCUGAAAUUUGAAGAGAAUAUGCGCGGCCGUGAUAAGAGCAAGAAAGGACAUCACUGCACUCAUUUUGUAAAACCUUAAUGGAUUUGGAUGAGCAGUGCUAGAAUUUGUCUUUCCAUCUUUCUAACAGAUGUUUGGAGUGAUCCAUCUCCUUCGUGUAAUUUUGCGAAAAUGAUGCAUAUGACCAUGCUCUUUCCUCUUUAUAAGGGCACUACUAAAUAUGUUGGACUUGGAAUCAAACAGAAUUGCCGGAAAAUCUUCAUCUCGAAGGCUUCAAUCGCCAGGAAUAUUUCUAGACAUAAUUAGAAGCUAUCAGAAGCUGGUUUUCUUUUCUUUCUUUUUCCUGCUGAGUCUUUGCAGAUGUAUUUUCCUGUGAGAAUAUGCAAUGUAUUUUCCUCCGAGCACAUCUCCCAAUGCAUUUUUUGUUAAAAAAAUGUGCUUGUUUAGAAAUUGCCAAUUUUCUGAUUCUUUGCA